AUGAAGAAGGGAGGGGCAGCGGGGAUGGCGCCCCAGGAAGCGGCGGUGGGGCAGGUGAAAGCGGAGCUGGAGGACGUAGGGAAGGCGGCGGGACGGGCGGUCGCGGUGGCGUCGGCGCCGGCGAUGAGCCCGCUGAGCGAGACGCUGUGGCGGGAGAAGGCGGCGGUGGAGUUCCUCGGGGACGUGUCGGCGCGGCUCGCGUGGCGGGACCUCACGGUCACCGUGGCGCUCGGCAGCGGGGAGACGCAGGCCGUGCUGGAGGGGCUCACGGGGUACGCCGAGCCGGGCACCAUCACCGCGCUCAUGGGGCCCUCCGGCUCCGGCAAGUCCACGAUGCUCGACGCCCUCGCGGGCCGCCUCGCCGCCAACGCCUUCCUCUCCGGCACCGUCCUCCUCAACGGCCGCAAGGCCAACCUCUCCUUCGGCGCCGCGGCCUAUGUCACGCAAGAUGACAACUUGAUCGGCACACUGACGGUGAGGGAGACUAUCUCAUACUCGGCCCGCCUUCGCCUCCCUGACAACAUGCCCAUGGAAGAGAAGCGUGCCCUGGUCGAGGGCACCAUUGUCGAGAUGGGGCUCCAGGACUGCGCCGACACGGUCAUCGGAAAUUGGCACCUGAGGGGGGUCAGUGGUGGUGAGAAGAGGAGAGUCAGCAUUGCCCUAGAGAUACUGAUGAGGCCUAGGCUGCUCUUCCUGGAUGAGCCCACCAGUGGUCUUGACAGUGCUUCAGCUUUCUUCGUUACGCAGACGCUGCGUGGGCUGGCUAGGGACGGUCGAACUGUGAUCGCUUCGAUCCAUCAGCCGAGCAGCGAGGUCUUCGAGCUUUUUGAUCGGCUGUUUCUCCUCUCAGGGGGCAAAACAGUGUACUUUGGGCAGGCUUCUGAGGCUUGUGAGUUCUUUGCCCAAGCAGGCUUCCCAUGCCCACCGCUGCGCAAUCCAUCGGAUCAUUUCCUGCGCUGCAUAAACGCAGACUUCGACAAGGUGAAGGCCACUCUGAAAGGAUCUAUGAAGAUGAGAUUUGAGAAGCCUGACGAUCCCCUCGAGCGAACCACAACUUCCGAGGCAAUCAGAAGGCUAAUCAGCUACUACCAGCGCUCGCAGUACUAUUUUUUGGCACGGCAGAAAGUUGAUGAGAUGGCACGGGUUAAAGGAACGGUCCUGGAUGCAGGGGGUAGCCAAGCAAGCUUUGGGAUGCAGGCCUUCACGCUCACGAAGCGAUCGUUCGUCAACAUGUCAAGGGACUUUGGGUACUACUGGUUGAGGCUUGUCAUCUACAUUGUUGUCACAGUCUGUAUUGGGAGUAUCUACCUCAACGUCGGCACCAAAUACAGCUCCAUCCUGGCACGGGGCGCGUGCGCAUCUUUCAUCUUUGGCUUCGUCACGUUCAUGUCCAUCGGAGGGUUCCCGUCUUUCGUGGAAGACAUGAAGGUGUUCCAGAGGGAGAGGAUGAACGGGCACUAUGGCGUGCUGGCGUUCGUGAUCAGCAACACGCUGUCGGCGAUGCCGUUCCUGAUCCUCAUCACGUUCCUGUCAGGGACGCUGUGCUACUUCAUGGUGCACCUCCACCCGGGCUUCACCCACUACAUCUUCUUCGUGCUGUGCCUCUACGCCAGCGUCACCGUCGUCGAGAGCCUGAUGAUGGCCAUCGCCAGCAUCAUUCCCAACUUCCUCAUGGGCAUCAUCAUCGGCGCAGGGAUACAGGGGAUCUUCAUGCUGGUAUCAGGGUACUUCAGGCUCCCGCAUGACAUCCCAAAACCAUUCUGGAGGUACCCCAUGUCAUACAUCAGCUUCCACUACUGGGCACUUCAGGGGCAAUACCAAAACGACCUGGUGGGGCUGGUGUUCGACAACCAGGACGACGAGCUGCCCAAGAUCCCAGGGGAGUACAUCCUGGAGAACGUGUUCCAGAUCGACGUGAGCCGCUCCAAGUGGCUGGACCUCUCCGUUCUGUUCAGCAUGAUCAUCAUCUACCGCCUGCUCUUCUUCGUCAUGAUCAAGGUCAGUGAGGACGUGACGCCGUGGGUGCGUGGAUACAUCGCCAGGAGGAGGGUGCAGCACAAGCAAAGAGCAGCGGAGCUCGCGAUGGUCCGGACGCCGUCGCUCCGCGGCUAUGUAGUCGACGCGGCCGAACUACCGGCGGAUCAUCCGUGA